AUGGCUCGAGUCCGAGGUCCAACGUCGCUCGCCGCGACGGUAGCUGUUUUGCUCGCCUUCCUCACGACGACUAUGGCUGCUACCGAGACUGUCUACGUCACCGGACAAGACAAGGAUGGCAACAGCAAAGACCUCGCCGUUAACCGUAGGCCCGGUCUCUAUACCGGGGACUUUGGCGACUGUCUUGGAGGGCAGAGCUUGUUCAACAUUACCAAAUUCGACGCCGCGUACUACGCUGACAACAUGACGGUUCAAUUCCACCUGGAUGGAACCACCAACAUCAGGAAUGAGUCGUUGAUGAACGGCGAGACAAGAUUCGAGAUGAACUUUAACCCGUGCAUGGUGAACAUUGCUAGUCUGUGCCCUCUGAACGCCAGCAACCCCAUUACCGCGUUUGCCGAGUUCAGACUUACACCAGCUCAGAUCGAUGGCAUUCCAUCCAUUGCUCUCGACAUACCCGAUUUUGAAGGUUCCGCCCGGAUCCAGAUAUUCGCAAAUUCCAGCCAGACACAGAUCGGAUGUUUCCAAGCCGUCAUGCGCAACGGCAAUAGCUUCUCUCACCCGGCAGCGAUAUCAUCGAUACUGGGUGUCUUUACUCUAGCCGCCAUCCUGGCUUCUUUUGCGACUGCGAUAUACGGCGUCAGCAUUCCUCAUAUGAGAACACACUACGCCCACUCCUUAUCAGUUCUGGUUAUCUUCGAGACCUUUCAGACUGUCUUCUUCUCAGGCGCCCUGUCUGUCAACUGGCCCAGCGUUCUGCCAGCUUGGUGGAGUAAUUUCGGAUGGGCGGCUGGCAUGAUAUACAGCGAGAACAUGGUGGGCUCGAUCGACGGGUUUGCCGGCGUGACUGGUAAUGCCAGCCAAGUAGGUGGCGCAGGAUCAACUAUUAUCAACACGGGUGGUGGUCUUGUACAGCAAAUUUACGGCCGCUCCCUCGACGCUCUUUCUACUCCUAGCGAUAUCGCGCCCAUCCAGAACCUCGUACAGCGCGCAGCUCGAGUCUACAACACAAGCAACCCCUACGAAUACUACUGGGCAGGUAACCCGGUCUCCCCAGGAAUGCCUACGCCAGGCAACUGGGUUGGGUUUGCCGGAGAUUUAUCCUCCCUGGGCAUCCCGGCCGCCGAUGCUUUCACUCUGGGUCUCGUUUGGUGGUUGGUUGCAAUCGGGCUAGUCACCGUCUCGAUCACCCUUUUCAAGUUCACCCUCGACAUGCUGGUCGGGGUCAGGUUGCUCAACCAGGAUCGCUUCCUCUACUUUCGCAGCCACCUUCGCGGAUACCUGGCAGCAGGAGUCCUCAGGACUAUCCUCGUUUCUUUCUUUUCACUAAUGACUCUGGCGUUGUUUCAAUUCAAUAUCCGCGCCCCAGCCGGCCCAACGGCCAUCGCGGCGAUUGUCUUCAUUCUGUUGCUGGUCGGUGUUGGAGGCAUCGUAGCAUAUGCCUGUUAUUUCCGCCUUCGGUUCGGGAAGUACGAAAUGGGCACUGACACGAUCAUGUUUGAACAAGGCAAGCUCUUCGGCUCAAUUCCAGCAAUUGCAACAACGCGUGCUAGCAAAAUUGGAGAGGAGGAAACGACCGCCAAACGCUACGGGUCGAUACCCUUCUUCAGGAUCCGAUUCAUAGACGACGAUCCUAACCGAACAAGUGUCCACCAAGACGAGGCUUAUAUCAAAAGGUUCGGCUGGCUCUCGGCUCGGUAUCGCCGGACCAGAUGGUGGUUCUUUGCAUGCUGGCUCAGCUACCAGUUCAUUCGCGCCUGUUUCAUUGGUGGCGGCGCCCGGAGUCCCCUCGCUCAAGUUUACGGGUUGUUCAUCCUCGAAAUCAUCUCCUUUGUUGUUUUCAUUAAACUGAACCCAUUCGAGGGGCAGAGAAAUACAUCUUUGGCGGUCUGGAUGCUGGGCAUUACCAAGGUCGCCACGGCUGGGUUUUCCAUUGCCUUCCUGCCUGAUUUCGCCAUCGGCCGCAUCCUGUCAACGGUCUUUGGCAUCAUCAUCAUCGUCAUCCAGGGAUUCCUCAUCGUUGCUGUUUUGUUCCUCGUUGUUCUGAGUGUCAUAUCGUCGUGGAUGUCGCUCUAUCGGAAUCGCGAGGAGUUCCCCGAAAAGCUAGAUGGAACCCGCAUCAAGUACUACGAACAUAUCCAGACCAGAGCCACCGACCUUCCUCCGCCGCCGAAGCCGAUCCCGCAAGAGCCUCAGGAGCCGCCGCAGCCGUACUUCUCGGUCAACAACGUCCGCCGGGCGCCUAAGAUUGAAGACGACGAAGUCGACGACGUCGACGACGAGGACGAAGUCGGAGACAUCAUCCGCCCGCAAAGCACCGCGGUGGUUCAGUUUGCGCCUGGAACCAACACCCGACGAACCCGGACGAAUAGUGUCAGCUCGCGCUACUCCGUCGGUAGCUUACCGCGUCGCGCCAGACCGCACCGAACCUCAUGGAGCUCGGCUGACUUUGCCGCAUGGGAUGCCAGCGCUGAACACACCGCACCGUCGCUCGCACAUCGCAGCAGCUUUAAUCAUCAGCGUAAUGGCUCGUUAAGGCAAAGAUCUUACUCCGAUUCGCUGAGACAAAGAUCUUUUUCCGAUUCGCGGCCUGACCUUGGGCACCCUAUCAACAACGCGCCGGCCCCUAAGCAGGUAGCAUCGGUGAGCGAGUUGCGUCGUAUCAUGACCCCCACAGAGGAAGUUCCAGAGGAGAGCGUUAUGACACCUGGUCAUAUGGCCGCACCCGAGAAGGUCGACGACAGAGCCAAUGAUGUUGCCAUAUCUCCCAUCAACGAAAAGGAUGAGGAGAAGUACCGCGAAGACAAGGGGGAUGUCUCGCCCAUCGAAGAGAAGACACAAAAGUCUUGA